UUAUUAAUCCUAUCGAUUUUGUGUUGCAGAUUUGAUAAGCACUCAAUAUCUAUUUACAUCCAAAUUAAUUAAAAUGUUCAAUUUCAAAGGGCUAUGGGGACAGAGGUCUCCUUUAAACAACCCUCUCUAAAUUUAUUUCCACCCAUCAUCAUUACUUUUUGUUGUGAGUCUACCUACCAGCUCUGCUGAGUAGCUCACAUUUUACCAUCUUAUAUACAGAAAUUCAUCAUAAUGUAUUUUGACAGAGGCUUUGCUGAGCUCAAGAUAUACUAUGUCUAUGGCAUGCCCUCCAAUGAAAUAUACUUUAGUACUUCUGUCCUGAAAAGUAGGCAUAUUGAAAAUCCUGGAAUGGCCAAAUGUUAAAGUCAUAUUCUUACACAAAUGGAAAGGUAAAAAGAAAAUCCACGAAGAAUAAUGGGCUAGAUAAUAAGUCAGACUCAAAAGAGAAGAGGGACAAGAUCACUGAGGACACUUGAUAAUCAGAGCCAUGGUAUAUAUUCUACCCGGACUGAAAAGAAGAUAGCCUGAAGAAGCAGAGCUGCUUCACUGAGGAAGCAUUCUGGAGCAGCAACCAUGGUGGAGGUUGUCAGGAAGUUACUAGUGUGAGUUGUCUCAUCACAUUCCUUGGCCUCCACCCUCCUUCAUCCUACCCAGGCUGCUGGAAGGAAGAAACAUUUAUAAUUGAGGUGGUGCCAUGCAGCAAGAAGCAGCAAGAUGCAGAGUUCGUAUCAGAAGGCCUGACAUGGCCCUUUAUGUCCCUAAAGCUCGGAGGGGUGUAGGACUUCUCAAGACAGGUGAUGAGGAAAAAAGCUAUGGUCCACCUAACUGCGUGGUGAAAGAACAGCAAAAAGAAGAUUGUCUCCCCCAAAAGGACAAACCUGAGGCUCAAAGACUAAAUAUUAAUCCUGAUAAAAAGGAGCACAAUCGUAGGGAAGGAAAGAAAUCUUCAACAAAAUUAAGAAAAGACACGUGCCUUCAAGAAAGUAAUAAAGAUCGGGUGUAUACCAAGAUAGGAGCCACAGAAACCAAAGAAGUAAUAUCCCAAGGACAUCAGCAAGGAGGCCUAAAUCCUGAGAUUAUCCCUAGUGUACCUUUACAAAGGCAUUUUAAACCAAAUAAGGUGGAGUGUUUGGAGGUUGAAACCUCAGAUGUGACAAGACAUGAGAUGUUGCUUCGAUCUCAGUCUUGUUCAGAAAUCAGUGAGGCUCAGGUUCUAAACAAACCAUUCCAACAUGUGGACUUCUGUGAUUUAAGUAGGCACGAACUAAGUGGGGACACACUUGAAGACAAAUAUUUGGAAAGCAGAGUUGAAACUGAUGCCAAGGUUGUAGAGAGACGAUCCCAGCUUCCUGGAGUUUUUAGUUCUGUUUUGAAACCUGAGGGUGUGAUUUCACCAGUAAAACUAAGCUCUGAUUCUGGAAUCGUACAACAAGGCAUGCAGACGUCAGGUGGAAUGUUGGCGCUCAGCAGUGGAGGCAUCACGACUAUUCCUGUUCCUGGAAGCCCAGGUGGCGUCACUGAUCAAACUUGUGUAGACUUUGAAACUGAGAAUGUUGGUGAUACACCCAGCAGUACAGAUUUCAUCUUGGGUCAGAAAGGUAUAGAUUCCAUUCCUGAGAUGAUGGGUCACAUCUCUCAUAAAAUGACCAUAGUCAACACAUUAGAGAGCACAAAUGGCAUUUUUGAUCCAACAAUGAUUAAAGAAUUUGAGAGUGACAGCACUGCUGAUGAGUUAUGUGUAAAGUAUGAACCUUCUGAUACAGCUGUUCUUGUUCAUGAAACAGAUACAGGUAAUGGGCCUAAGAGUAUAGGUGACAUUACAAAUAAGGCAUGUAUGAUGGACAUUACAGAUACUGUGUCUGAUCAAAUAACUGUAGGCAGCCCUUGUGUAGUUGCAGUUAGAAUAGCUGAUGAGGCUUGUAGCAAUACAAGUAGUUUCUCAAAAUAUUUAGAAAUGAGUGCAGAUACAGCCCCUCUUCACACUGCUAGAAGUAGAAAUGACACUGAAAAUUUCAGCAACCCAACUGCUUGCUCAGAUAGUUAUGCUGAAAAUAUUACAUCUAGUUUCGUGGAGUCAACAGGAAAGUUGAUAGAGAGCUUGUCAGAUUGUGUUUCCUCCUCACCUAUGAAGAAGAUUGCUGGUAGUAAUUGUAACACUUUUUUGGACUCUGAACUCAGUAUGUCAAAUGGGACCAAAGUACUUCCGGAUAGUGCCUUGGCCAUUGAUCUCGAUUGUACUGGUGAUAUCACAGAGGCACUGCAUGAACUGAAAACUGCCGACGAGUUCAAAACAAAAGAGGAAGAUGACUCAGAGAAUAUAGAAUUUGGUAUAUCGUUUCCUGAUAUAGAAUCAGUAUCUAUGGAGACAUCCAUGGAACCGCAAGCAACUGAAACUUCUCACCUGGAGGGAAGUGCUCCUGAGGAGAGCUGGGAGUCCAUGUUUAAUGAUGACGGUGACUGCCUGGAUCCACGUCUUCUACAGGAGUUAUCAGGGAAUAUGAAGAAUAGAAAAAGCAUCCAGGAACCUAGAUUUGAUUAUUACAACAGCGAAGUUCCUGAUAUUGACCUCAGUGAUUGUGAAUUCCCACAUGUCAUUGAAAUCUAUGACUUCCCUCAAGAAUUUCGUACUGAAGACCUGCUACGGGUUUUCUGCAGUUAUCAGAAGAAAGGAUUUGAUAUUAAGUGGGUGGAUGAUACACAUGCCCUAGGAGUAUUCUCCAGUCCGAUUACAGCUCGUGAUGCUCUGGGUAGUAAACACACCAUGGUGAAGAUACGGCCCUUGUCACAGGCCACAAGAGCAGCCAAGGCCAAAGCUAGAGCUUAUGCUGAGUUCCUCCAGCCAGCAAAGGAGCGUCCUGAGACUUCAGCAGCCCUAGCUAGAAGGCUAGUCAUCAGUGCCCUUGGGGUUCGAAGUAAGCAGAGCAAAACUGAACGGGAAGCGGAGCUCAAGAAACUGCAAGCAGCCCGAGAGAGAAAACGAUUGGAAGCCAAGCAACGAGAAGACAUCUGGGAAGGCAGAGACCAGUCUGCAGUUUGAACAUCAUUCAAUGAAAGGGAUAAUUCCAUGAAUUCAGAAAAUAUUUCCAUAGUCUUCAGAUAAGAGGAUUCUUCCAGAGCUCUCUGUACAUGCAGAUGUGCGUGUUAAUGAAAGAAAGAGAGAAAGCGACCGAGACAAGGACUAACUGGUAUAGAAAGAAGACAGACCCCUGUCUGUGUUCAUUGUUAAUGCAGCUCUUUAGAAUUGCCUUACCAUGUCGGGCAUAGAAGGAAGGAAGCCAUGAGCUAGGAAGAAAUUUGGAAAAUGUGACUUCAAGAGUCCUCUGGACAGGGCACGUCAUGUUAGCAUGGGUCACACUUCCAAGAUGUUUGAAGCGAAUACAAAACAGAGGAUUCAAACCUGCGAUGGUGGGAGAUUUACGCCCUGCAAAACCCGGGUGUUCCUUAGUACCUCACAGAGCUGAAAACCACAGUACUGAGGCGGCAGGAAGGGAGCAUCAAGUACAAAGAGACGGAACAGCGUCUGAUGUAUUUGGUGUUCACAGAAUCUACGCUGCCAGUCCCAGAACUCCAAAAUUGGUGAACUGCAGCAGAUGUGGGUGUUUGGUCUCCAGAGUUUGUACUGAGCUGAGUGCCUGGGGCUGCUCCAGCUGCACAGCAGCCAGGGGCAUGCCAGCUUCACUCCUCGUGGGAAGCCAGUUCUGGGAACUGUAUGCCAGUUCCAGUGUAAGCAGUUCUAUCAUGUUGUAAGAGGGAGACAUUAAAGCCCAUUUUAUGACAGAU